UGAAGAAGGACUGAAUCUGGGUUCGCAGCCAGUCGACGCUGCAGUCGAGCGUGACUUCGUCCUCUCGUGCACACAAGUCUAGCCCCGCUAAACGCGCACGGACAUUUUGGAACUUCUUUUGGGUGUUCCUCUGCAGCAUCGAGCACCUACAUAACGAUUCCAAAUUAUGGAGGUGCUGGACGUUCUUGACCUACCGCAACUCUACACAAAACCUUCCGCCGAAACGCUUCUCGAAACGCUUAACCUUCUUACGCUUACGCCGCAAUCGUGGGAUGUCGAUAAGGGUUCAAAUACUGACUUGGAACAUCCUGCGCAUACGGAGAAACAGGCAAGGCGGAGAGCGGUCCAAGUGAACCCUCAAGGAGUCACACGGUACCUCACAAGUAUUGUGAGCAAUCCCCUGAAGUGGAUACACGAUGACGAGGUCAGAGAAGAGAUCUGGAACCAAGCAAGUUCCAGACUCAGCGAGCGCUCAGGCCGUACCGCUAUGGGCGCAUUGUCUCGGGAUUUUCGGAUACCUUCGGCUACGAGCUCUUUCAGCCUGAGCAUCCACGAACCUACAUUGACCGGCGACGAUCUGGGAUUGAAGACUUGGGCUGCUUCCUACAUGCUCUCCAAACGGCUACAUAAGUUCAUUCUUGUCAAGUCAACACAAGAAACCAGACCAUCGAUACUGGAAUUGGGGUCAGGCACUGGGCUGGUGGGACUGGCUAUGGCUGCUCUCGGAGCAGACGUCGUACUCACAGACCUACCCAACAUACACGAUAACCUCGCGCGCAACGCGAAAGGAAACUCUAUUCUUAUCGAGCAGAAAGGCGGUUCAACACGGACUGGGAUAUUAGACUGGACACAGCCAGCGUCUUGCGAGGUAUUCACCAACGGCGUCGUUACCGAAACGCUCCACGCUGCCACGUCGAAGUUUCCCAUUAUACUUGCAGCCGAUUCGCUGUAUUCCCCAGAGCACCCGCGCAUGCUGGUCGAAACAAUCGCAGCAUGGCUUUCCAAGGAAGCCCGCGCUCAAGUCAUAGCCGAGUUCCCAUAUCGAGAAGCCUAUCUGCCAGAGAUCAAAGACUUCCGGGAGCGGAUGGAAUGCAUUGGACUCUUUGUUCUGGAAGAAGGAGAAGAAAGUGGAUUCGAUGACUGGGGCGCUUCUGGAGCAGCUGAUGGCGAAGAAGACAGAGCGCUCGUGACCUGUUGGUGGUCUCACUGGGGCAGAAGGGAUCAAUGAUCCACUUUGUCUCCGCCCACGGUGAUCCUCCGACCACUGCAACGGCAUUCCUGGACAAACAUCACGAUACUGUGAAUGUGCCCAUAUUUACCGGCUAUUGAACCUUAGCAUUGAUUCUGGCGGAGCUCAACAACCUGACCGACUGGUUGUUCCCCCUACGGGUUGUUCCCCCUAUGGGUUUGGAAACAUCGUGAGCCGCGGUGUAUCAACCAUUAGCGUCCUCGGUGAAUCGCCGAGGAACCAAAAACCGACUCCGAUAUCAGA